AUGGCGGCUCCAGAAGUGCUGGAGUCAGACGUAUCAAGUUCGGUGACACUUUUGAAAAACCUCCAGGAGCAGGUAAUGGCUGUAACUGCACAGGUACAAGCCCUGACAAAAAAAGUUCAAGCUGGAGCAUAUUCUACAGAGAAGGGUCUGAGCUUUUUGGAAGUGAAAGACCAGCUGCUGCUCAUGUACCUAAUGGAUCUGAGCCACCUCAUCCUGGACAAAGCGUCGGGAGGAUCGCUGCAGGGACAUCCCGCAGUUUUGAGGCUGGUGGAAAUCCGCACGGUUUUAGAAAAAAUUCGCCCCUUGGACCAAAAAUUGAAGUAUCAGAUUGACAAACUGGUCAAGACUGCGGUGACAGGCAGCCUCAGUGAAAGUGACCCACUUCGAUUUAAACCCCAUCCCAGCAAUAUGAUAAGCAAGUUGAGCUCUGAGGAUGAAGAGGAGGAUGGCGCAGAGGAGGGCGAGUCUGAGGCUUCAGGGAAGAAGUCUGUGAAGGGCUCAUCCAAGAAAUAUGUCCCACCACGCCUGGUCCCAGUGCAUUAUGAUGAAACAGAAGCAGAACGCGAGCAGAAGCGCCUGGACCGGGCCAAGAGGCGAGCGCUGAGCAGCUCUGUGAUCCGCGAGCUGAAGGAGCAGUACUCAGACGCCCCCGAGGAAAUCCGUGACUCCCGGCAUCCUCAUGUCACUCGCCAGAGUCAGGAGGAUCAGCACAGGAUUAACUAUGAAGAGAGCAUGAUGGUGCGUUUAAGUGUGAGCAAGCGCAAGAAAGGACGACGAAAGAGAGCGAGUGUUAUGAGCUCGCAGCUUCAUUCCCUCACACACUUCAGCGACAUCAGUGCUUUGACAGAAGGGGCCCCCCAUCUUGACGAGAGCCAGGGUCCUGUCAAAAAGCGGAAGAAGAUGCCAAAGAAAAUAAAUAAAAUUGCUUUACUUCUAAAUAAAAGCCCUCUUUGCCAUGCGUUGUAUGACUGGAAAAAAAAAAAAAAAACAUCAAAACAGAUAAUUUAG